AUGCAGUACACCAAGCUCUUCGCCCUCGCGGCCGUCUUCAUCUCCAGCACUCUCGGUGCGCCCCUGGACAUCGAGGCCCGUGCCUGCGCCUCAACCUGCGGUUCCCACUGCUACAGCAGCAGCGCGGUCGCUGCCGCCCGAAAUGCUGGAUAUGACCUGUACUCCGAAGGCAGCACUGCAUCCUCAUACCCGCACGUAUACCACGACUAUGAGGGCUUCGUCUUCCCUGUCUCGGGAACAUACUACGAGUUCCCCAUUCUUAGCAGUGGCAGCAUUUACUCUGGUGGCUCACCGGGUGCGGACCGUGUUAUCUUUAACACGAACAACCAGCUUGCUGGUGUUAUUACGCAUACUGGAGCUAGUGGGAACAACUUUGUUGAGUGUACUUAG